UAAUAGGUAAAGAACAUUGCAUAAUGCUUUGGCAGGUGACACAGGCCUAAUGGAAUGAAACCUAACAUCAUGGAUUGAGAACUUCAAAUAAUGGAUUGACAACAUCACAUAAUGGUUUGACAAUAUCGCAUAAUGGUUUGACAACAUCAAGUUAUGGUUUGUCAACUUGUAGUUGUGUGAUGACAUCACAUCACAGAUUGAGGACAUAAUCAAACUACGUUCACCGAUUAACGUCAUAUUUUGGUACAUUUGGCGUUCCAUACAAGGUAGGGUCCCCGAGGCCUAGAACAACAUUUUGCUGGUCGUUGUCCAAGAGACAGCUACAGCACGAUAGCCUCUUUAAAAAUGGAUUGAUGGAAGCUGCACUGAUUAGUCAUUAAAGGUGUGGAUUUUUCAAAGUUUAGGCAGUUUGCAAUAUGACCCCCCGUAUGUCCAUAAUGUAAUAAAGGUUUACCUUUUUCAGCUGAUACUGCAGAUUAUCGAAGCUCAGGCCAAGAUGACAACAGUGCCCAUGCCCCACAAGAGCAACAGCAGACUCAGCUUAACGGAUCAGCUGGUCAGGAAAAUCAGGAGAAAGUUCAGGUUGAGAAGGAAGACGGGCAGAAUUUUGAGCAGGUGUUCACGCCGAUGAUGCAGCAGAUUGAAGACUAUCAGAAACCGGUAAUCGAUUGUAUAAAAAGCCUUUGGCAAAAUCGCAGGGGCCAAAAUCCUCGUCCGAGGUUUGUACCCGGUGACACCCCAGGCGAUCUUGGUGCGUUGGUGAUGGAGGAUACUUGGGAGCAGUGUGAAACCAUCGGCACUCAAGGCACCGGGCGUGGGCAGUUUGAAGGUGCACGGGGUAUCGCCGCAGCUGAUCCGGAUAUAAUUGCAGUCACUGACAGGAGAAACAAGCGACUUCUCAUCUACGACCGUCGGGAGAAAAGCUGGCAGACAAUUGACCCAGUUAAAGCAAAUGAAGUUGCAGCAACACCAGACCGAUGGAUUGUUUCAGAACCUCGAGUUAUUAAAGUGUACAACAGAAAUGACCUGGCAUUCAUCGGUGACUUCCCAACGGUGCAACCGGAAGUGGAGACACAGGUGAAACUGUUUGGGGUAGCAAUCAAAGGAAAUGGUAACAUCCUUGUAGGCGACUGCGAGGGGAAAGUGGUGACCGAAAUCACCCACGACGGUAUGCAUGAAGUCUCCAGGAUACCAGUCAAGAUAAAACCCCACUUCUUGGCGGUAAUUGGCAACGCCUGGAUAGCAGUCAGCGACUGGAAAGAGGCGGUGGUGCACAUAGUGGGUGGAUCCGAUGGUCACAUAGUUACCACCAUCCGUCCACGCAUCAACGACCAGCCGGUGCACAGCUGCAGGGGUGUGUGCAGCGACGGGUUGAGCGUGUACAUCGCGGCGAGCACGGUGCGCUUGGCCAGCGGUCACAUUCAUCAGUACGACCUGAGAGGCCGGUUCAUCACCUGUGUGGCUAAGAAUCUGCACGACCCUUACGGAAUCACAUUCACAGUGGGUGGGCAUCAGCUGGCAGUGGCCGACUUGCACGAUGUCAAGAUAUACCGCAAGAAGUGAUCGUAUCCGUUCUGACCUACCCAAGAGAAACCUGGGUAUCCCCAUUCAUUUUGUAGCAAGCGCUAUAUUUUGUCAGUAAGGAAAGUUUCGUUUUAAACAGUUUAUCUUACCCAGAAUUUGAACAUGUUAUUAAGAAUAUGAACAAGCUACUAUAAUUUAUCCUUUUACGUUAUGGUGACAGAAUCUGUCAGAGACACUCUGCUUGUUGAAAUAGUUGCAUUGGACACACUGAACGAAAUAUGCCCUUUCAACCAGGAUGUGUGGGUAAGUUUCUCGAAAACCCCCUACAAAUUAUGAUAUAAUACAAAUCAUUAAUGUUUAGGAAAGAAAUUCUAGUUGCUACCCCAACCCAAAGGCUAGAUACGGAAGCAGUAAUAAACAUGCGUACAGAGACCAGGGGCAAAUCACUUUUUAUCAGCAAUCAACUGAUGAAUGGUUAAAUGUGGAAGGGGUCAAUUGCUGGGUUUUUAAAGCGAAGUUGUGGUUUCCAUUUCCUUUUCUUUCGUUUUUAUUUCUUUUGUUUUUUCUUUAUUUUCUCCUUUUUAAAUCUCGUUUUUGUAGGGUGGAGCAGGAGGAACGUGUCCCCUACCCCCCUCUAUGUUUGUUUCAAUUCAUGAAUUCGUGUCUUUGGAUUUGUCUUUGGAAGUUUUAAUUUGCACUUCGCAUCUAGGGUCAGCAAAGGUGUUUGCUCUAAAUGCAAAACUGCCCGUUACAAUUUGUUAUUGUAGUAGUCCAUGUCCUUGGCGAGUAAAGCUAUGCAUUAAUGGGUGGUCUUAAGACCAGUAUCAAUGAAUGUUACACCGAGUCUUAUGGGGGAGGUUUGCACUUGACAUUUAAUACCUCACAGAGAAUUGUUGCAGGCAAAUGUCUUCAUUUCUCUGAGGAAAUCGGCAAUUUUGGUUGAGCUCAGCAUGGCUUACCUUUUUCUCCAUCAUAGCACAAAACUGGAUAUGAGAGAGAAACUGUCAAGAGAAUGAUUAGAUUUUGUUUCAAGUUUAAGAUCAACAUUUUAGAGUUGCAAGGAGCCUUUGAGGCAUAUGUUUUUGGGCUAUCAGUUUUAAAAUUCGAUCUUUAGAAAAUUAACACUAUAAUAUCCCAAUCCGUAAGUUGGUGAGUUCUUGUUUAAAUCAGCCAGUGGUGUCAACUGCCGAAGUAAUCUAGUUCAGUUUCUUUCUUAUGUCCAGUUUUGUGCUAUGAUGGGAAAACCUCUUAGAUCUUGUCUGAUUUUAUGCUUAAUCCGUGUUUUGCAAAAUUUCUUGUAUGCAGAUUUAAAACGAAACGUAAGAAAUAUUAAUCGCUAAGUUAGUAUUUUUUUCAAGAAAUGUUGGGAAACUUUAUUUCGACAUCCCAGACCGAUUUAGCUGAACUUUGGGUAUGAACAGAAAUAUUUUCUAGACUUGCUGAAAUAUAAUAGACAUAAAAACCUUGCAUCUUGACUAAUUGUGGGAUUGAAUCAUCUUGUUGUUAUCCUGAAGUUUCCUCUUUCAUAUCGUGUUUGCAGGCUCACAAGAUUAAAUGUUUUCUGACCUUGUAACACCCAC